GUUUCUGCCAAUCCAUCGCCACCAAACCAAACCAACUUUCCAACGCACAUCUUCUCUCCCAAACUCUCUUUCUCUCUAUCUCUCUCUAGUCUACUUGAGAUUUACCCAUUUCUCUUCUAUCUAGCCCUUCAAUCUCUUCUUCUUCACCAUCACCUUCUGCACCAAAUCUGUGCAACAAUGGCGAGUUCACGCAUUGCGAGGUUCGUCAUGGAGGUAGCCCCGCCACAGUAUGUGACUGUGAUGAGGCACAGAACAUCAAAGAUGUUGGAUACAAUUACUGAAGAGGACCACAGGGAAAUCGGCAGCCUCAACAACGAUCAUCAUCCUCAUCAUGGUUCAUCAUUCUCAUCAUCAUCAUCAUCAUCUUCUUCUUCUUCUUCUUCACCGUCGUCUUUAUUCCCUAAAAGUUCAUCAGCAGCAGCAGCAUCCAUAUCAUCGGCAUCUUCAUCAUCCUCAGUUUCAAUCCCAAGUGCUGAUUCCAAGUACUUCCUCAAGGAGGUUCAUCGAUCGCUCUCCAACUUGAACCACUGAGAGUGAUGAGAUGGUAAAAUGAAGACGCUAGCAGAUUCAUAGCAAAUCCAAAUCCUCGGCUGAAAUAGAAGUGUCUCAACUUUUCCUUUAGGGAAGAUCAAAUACUAGAACUUAUGUUCAUCUUUCUAUGCAUAUAUAUAAGACAAUUUUAUAUCCAA